UUGAGCUGUGGAUUCAUGUGCGUUAUUGUUUAUCUUUGAAUGCAAAUGUGUUUAAUGCAAACUGGGAUUGCAAUUAUUUCCUGAUAUAACUGUACUGGCUUCUCAUUAAACCGACUCUGAACACCCAUGCCCGCCUCAGAUUGUUGCCUUCGUCUCUGCAGAUGAUGACCAGCUCUGUCUUUAAAGGAGAGGACAAGACAUCCCCCACAUGGUUCCAGCCUAGAGCUACAAGAUCCUGAGACAUCAGUUUAACAGAACAUGUUUCUCUGCCCAGAUUGAGACUAGGGGUAAUGUUCCCCUGCUCAGAUGUUAUUUCAUCAACCAUUGCUAUAACAUGAUGUGGUUAGUUGAAACUUAAAAUACAUAUCCAGGCGUUCUGAGGUCAGGCGUCAGCAACUUCUGAGCAGAGGAACGCGCCUUACAUCAACUCAAAAUAGAGGGAGGAGAUUCACUGCAUAGCGUUAACCUGAAUCAUCUCAAAAUGGCUGCUAUCGUGAGACUCCACAGACUAACGAAGGAUCAACUGUCUCUCGCUGCUCAGAAGAACAAUAACAAACCAGGCAGAAAACCAACGAAGAAGAACAACUCCACCACCAGAGGAAGGAAACAAUCCACAGGAAAAGGAAACAACUCUGCUGACAGUGAAAGUGUUUCUAGCCAGGUAUCAUCGGCCCCUAAGUGGUGGGGUCGCCCCAAGGGAAGCAAAAACAAACCCAAGAUAAGUAUACAACUCUCCAGCGCCAUCUUGAGGCCUGACGAGGUAAAACAAGAGGUGAAACAAGAGAUGGACGAGCUGCCUAUCGGUACAAGAAGUGAUGAACACUGGUUGAACUCAGUGAAGCCAGAGAGCUACGACCCAGAGAUGGGUAACACCAGGGGACCUACAGAGAGCGACCCCAGGACAGAUGCACAUCAGCUGGGUAUCAAGACGGAGGAUGCCCCCCUGUACCACCAGGAUGGAGGGAGGCGGCUGCGGUCGGCUACCGUUCAGCUGUUCAAUCUGGCUGCGUUGCGGUCUGAGCCAGAAUGGCGGCCUCGCAACCAGAAGGUCCGCCGGUUCCCGUGUCCAGACUGCGGCCAGAAGUUCUUCUCCAAAACCACGCUGGAGAUCCAUUCCCGGAUCCACACCCAGUACCGGCCGUACUCCUGUGAGGUUUGCCAUAAAACCUUCUCCAGGAAAGGCGGUCUGGUCGAGCACCGACCAAUCCACGAGGCGGAACGCCCCUUCGCCUGCCUCCAGUGCGGCAGAACCUUCACGUUCAAAUCCAACCUGACCCGCCACAUGCGUUUCCACAGCGACGCGCGGCCCUACGUCUGCUCCCAGUGCGGCCGAGGCUUCAAGAUCUCCGCCCAACUCAAGAGCCACAUGAUUUCCCACAGCGGGUAUAAACCGUACGUGUGCCCGGAGUGCGGCCAGAGUUUCGUCCGUUACAUGAGUCUCAAGUAUCAUCGGCUAAGCCACACCGGCGAGCGCCCGCUGUCCUGCCCAGAAUGUCCCAUGACCUUUGCGCGGCCGCACACCCUUAUGAUCCACCGGCGACAGCACACCGGGGAGACGCCGUUCUCUUGCCAGGACUGUGGGAAGAGGUUCAAGCAGGGGUGCCAACUGAAAGACCACGUUAGAAGGAAACACACAGGGGAGAAACCGUACAAAUGCUCCGAGUGUGACAAGUGCUUCGUCACUUCGGCGUCUCGUAAAGUGCACAUGGUUGUCCACACAGGAGAGAAGCCGUACCAAUGCACAGAGUGCUGUAGGAGAUACAGUCAGAGUGGGGGCCUGAAGAGGCACAGGUGUGAGCAACAAACCAGAUGAUGACCAGCUCUGUCUUUAAAGGAGAGGACAAGACAUCCCCUACAUGGUUCCAUCCUAGAGCUACAAGACCCUAGAAUGAUGACCAGCUGUCUUUAAAGGAGAGGACAAGACAUCCCCUCUACAUGGUUCCAUCCUAGAGCUACAAGACCCUAGAAUGAUGACCAGCUCUGUCUUUAAAGGAGAGGACAAGACAUCCCCUACACGGUUCCAUCCUAGAGCUACAGGUCCCUAGAAUGAUGACCAGCUCUGUCUUUAAAGGAGAGGACAAGACAUCCCCUACACGGUUCCAUCCUAGAGCUACAGGUCCCUAGAAUGAUGACCAGCUCUGUCUUUAAAGGAGAGGACAAGACAUCCCCUACACGGUUCCAUCCUAGAGCUACAGGUCCCUAGAAUGAUGACCAGCUCUGUCUUUAAAGGAGAGGACAAGACAUCCCCUACACGGUUCCAUCCUAGAGCUACAGGUCCCUAGAAUGAUGACCAGCUCUGUCUUUAAAGGAGAGGACAAGACAUCCCCCACAGGGUUCCAUCCUAGAGCUACAAGACCCUAGAAUGAUGACCAGCUGUGUCUUUAAAGGAGAGGACAAGACAUCCCCCACAGGGUUCCAUCCAAGAGCUACAAGACCCUAGAAUGAUGACCAGCUCUGUCUUUAAAGGAGAGGACAAGACAUCCCCCACAGGGUUCCAUCCAAUAGCUAUAAGACCCUAGAAUGAUGACCAGCUCUGUCUUUAAAGGAGAGGACAAGACAUCCCCCACACGGUUCCAUCCUAGAGCCAUAAGACCCUAGAAUGAUGACCAGCUCUGUCUUUAAAGGAGAGGACAAGACAUCCCCCACAGGGUUCCAUCCUAGAGCUAUAAGACCCUAGAAUGAUGACCAGCUCUGUCUUUAAAGGAGAGGACAAGACAUCCCCCACAGGGUUCCAUCCUAGAGCUAUAAGACCCUAGAAUGAUGACCAGCUCUGUCUUUAAAGGAGAGGACAAGACAUCCCCCACAGGGUUCCACCUAGAGCUAUAAGAACCUAGAAUGAUGACCAGCUCUGUCUUUAAAGGAGAGGACAAGACAUCCCCCACACGGUUCCAUCCUAGAGCUAUAAGACCCUAGAAUGAUGACCAGCUCUGUCUUUAAAGGAGAGGACAAGACAUCCCCCACAGGGUUCCAUCCAAGAGCUAUAAGACCCUAGAAUGAUGACCAGCUCUGUCUUUAAAGGAGAGGACAAGACAUCCCCCACAGGGUUCCAUCCAAGAGCUAUAAGACCCUAGAAUGAUGACCAGCUCUGUCUUUAAAGGAGAGGACAAGACAUCCCCCACAGGGUUCCACCUAGAGCUAUAAGACCCUAGAAUGAUGACCAGCUCUGUCUUUAAAGGAGAGGACAAGACAUCCCCCACAGGGUUCCAUCCUAGAGCUACAAGACCCUAGAAUGAUGACCAGCUCUGUCUUUAAAGGAGAGGACAAGACAUCCCCCACAGGGUUCCAUCCAAUAGCUAUAAGACCCUAGAAUGAUGACCAGCUCUGUCUUUAAAGGAGAGGACAAGACAUCCCCCACAGGGUUCCAUCCAAGAGCUAUAAGACCCUAGAAUGAUGACCAGCUCUGUCUUUAAAGGAGAGGACAAGACAUCCCCCACAGGGUUCCAGCCUAGAGCUACAAGAUCCUGAGACAUUAGUUUAACAGAACACGUUUCUCUGCCCAGAUUGAGACUAGGGGUAAUGUUCCCCUGCUCAGAUGUUACAUUCAUCAACCAAUGGUUGCCAGCCACACCAUCAACGGUGUUAUAGACUGACAGAUUGCUAUAACAUGAUUUGGUUAGUUGAUACGAUGCCUGGUAUUUUAACUAAGAUCUGUCAGGCGUCAGCAACUUUUGACCAGAGAAACUCGCCUUACAUCAACUCAAAAUGGCUGCUGUCGUUUCUUUACCUAUCGUGAGACUCCACAGACUAACGAAGGAUCAACUGUCUCUCGCUGCUCAGAAGAACAAUAACAAACCAGGCAGAAAACCAACGAAGAAGAAAAACUCCACCACCAGAGGAAGGAAACAAUCCCCAGGAAAAGGAAACAACUCUGCUGACAGUGAAAGUGUUUCUAGCCAGGUAUCAUCGGCCCCUAAGUGGUGGGGUCGCCCCAAGGGAAGCCAAAACAAACCCAAGAUAAGUCUACAACUCUCCAGCGCCAUCUUGAGGCCUGACGAGGUAAAACAAGAGGUAGGUUUAAAGUUGUGGCUUUUAAAUGAACAUUUAAUUGAGAUCUUGCAUCGCAUUUGUAACGCUUUGAAUGUUGCAGCUAUAUGUUUACUAGAUAUCUUGACUGGUUUGUAAGUUUCCUCAGAGAAAAAUAAAGGUAUUCUAAUUUAAACCAGGUGAAACAAGAGAUCUGCCUAUCCGGACAAAAAUUGAACACUGGUUGAACGCUGUAAAGCCAGAGAGCUAUGACCCAGAGAUGGGUAACACCAAGGGACCUCCUACAGAGAGCGACCCCAGGACAGAUGCACAUCAGCUGGGUAUCAAGACGGAGGAUGCCCCCCUGUACUUCCAAGAUGGAAGGAGACGCCUGCGGUCGGCUACCAGCCGGCCGUUCAAUCUGACUGCAUUCUGGUCCGACCCAGAAUGGUGGCCUCUCAACCAGAAGGUCCGGCGGUUUCCGUGCCCAGAUUCCGUGCCCACACACAGUCCCGGCUCCUGCGAGGCCAUAAGACGUUCUCCCGGAAAGCCGGCUUGGACGGUCUGGUCGAGCACCUGCCGAUCCACGAUGCGGAACGUCCCUUCGCCUGCUCCCAGUGCUGCAGAACCUUCACGUUCAAAUCCAACCUGACCCGCCACAUGCGUUUCCACAGCGACGCGCGGCCCUACGUCUGCUCCCAGUGCGGCCAAGGCUUCAAGAUCUCCGCCCACCUGCCACAUGACGGCCCACAGAGUUACAUGAGUCUGAAGUAUCACCGGCUGAGCCACACCGGCGAGCGCCCGCUGUCCUGCCCAGAGUGUCCCAUGACCUUUGCCCGGCCGCACACCCUUAUGGUCCACCGGCGACAGCACACUGGGGAGACGCCUUUCUCUUGCCAGGACUGUGGGAAGAGGUUCAAACAGUGGUGCAAGCUAAAAGAGCAUGUCAGAAGGAAACACACAGGGGAGAAACCUUACAAAUGCUCUGAUUGCGACAAGUGCUUUGUCACUACGGGGGCCCGUAAUGCACACAUGGUUGUCCACACCGGAGAGAAGCCGUACAAAUGCAUGGAGUGUGGUAUUAGCUAGUCAGAGUAGGAAUCUAAUGCAGCACAUGAGAUACACAGGGGAGAAACCAUACAAAUGCUCUGAGUGCGACAAGUGCUUUGUCAAUUCUAUGUUGCGUAAAGUGCACAUGGUUGUCCAUACAGGGGAGAAGCUGUACAAAUGCACGCAGUGCAGUAAGAGCUACAGUCAAACUGGGUCCCUGAAGAGGCACAGGUGUAAAUUUGAUUUUGAUUUGAUUAUGACUACAUUGAAUUACAGAGCUUUGAUAUAAGUUUUGGUUCGACUCAUUGUUGACUUUUAUUUACUCCCAUUUUAUGUGAGUGUGAAUGAUGGUCAUAUGUCAUUAAGGAGAUACAUAAUUGUCAAAACAUUCUGUAUCAUACAUUGUUGUCCAACACGUUUGUAUACUGAAGUCAAAUUCUGUAACAAAUCAUGAAAUAAAUUGAGAUUUUUUUAA